AUGUAUAAGGAGAAGAAGUUGAUCCAGGAAUCUCCAUUCGCGGUGUUCAAAACAUCACCAACUGAAGCAGAAGUUGCUACACAAUUUGCAGAUGAUGUUGUGCUUGUCACACUGGACGUGGUUGAUGUUGCAAAUGAGGUGGGCGUUACGGACAAGCUCGAGGACGUGGACAAGCUCGAGGACGUGGACAAGCUCGAGGACGUGGACAAGCUCGAGGACGUGGACAAGCUCGAGGACCUCGAGGACGUGGACAAGCUCGAGGACGUGGACAAGCUCGAGGACGUGGACAAGCUCAAAGUCGCAGACGUGGUGGAAGAUGCAGACGUGGUGGAAGAUGCAGGAACAAGGUUGUACAUAUAG